GUCAAUAUACCUAUUUUGACAAACAUAACCAUUAAACGAAGCAUCAGUAACGAAACUUCAGUUCUUUAGUCUUAUUUUGUUGGAAACUCGAGCCUGUACGAAACUUGAAUAUUUGAUUAAUGGUAUAUACAAGUACACACGAACAAGAAUAAAUCUUAUUUCUAAUCGAAAAUGAGCCUCGUAGCGUAUGACAGCAGUGAUGAAGGCUCCGAAAACGAGGAAAAGUUUAAGGACGAGGAAGAGGAAACCGACAAUGCAGAACAGGACGUAAAAGAUUUACUCAAUAUGAUACCAAGGCCCAAAAAUUCAAGUUCUGCAAAGGCUAUCAAAGAGAACGAAGAUGAUAUCUUGUUGAAAAAUCUGCUGAAAACAGCAAAUCCAACAAAGAAGCAAACAGUGAAAAUAUCAGUGCCUUCUUUAUCAGAAUUUAAGGAUGUUGAGGAUGAAGAGAAGGAGAAACCUGCUAAGAUUAUACAACCAUCAGAAAAAGGCUGCGGACUCUUUGCAAUCUUAGGAGCACCAAAACAAGAGACUGCAAGGAAAUCUUUAAUACCUCAAAUUGUUAAGAAUGCUGCAGCAAGAGCAAAUAUUCAACAGUCAGAAAUAAGAAAAAAAUCGGAUACAAGUCAGCAUGAUUCUAAAAUGAAACAAACUUUAGAUAAAUCGUAUAAUGAAUCGAGUUUUGAUGAUGAAGAAGAUGUAACGGUAGAUUUCUUCGGGCUAGAUACAAGUAAAAAUAUAUCGGAUAACUCUGUAUCGGCAUUAUUAGAUCUAGAAUUAUCUUCAGAUAAUCUUAUAUAUAAAUCAAAUAGCAAAGAAGCUUCACUUAUAAAACACAUAGAUCAUACAACAAAUGACUCUUCCUCGAUUAAUUCUGAUAAUUUAACUACUGAUCAAUCAAGUAGUUCGAGCAAAACGUUAACGAGUAAUGUUAUAAAUUUACCUAAAGAAGAAAUAUUAUUGAAAAACAAAGCAGAAGUUGGUCCAAAACUACCUGUUCCUGAACAAGAAUAUAAUAUUGAUACUCAAGGUAAUGUAGCCUUUGAUGAUAAAGCAAUUGAGUAUCUUUGCGGAAAACGAGGUACAAAACGCAAAGAAAUCGCAGAAGCAGAAAUAAUUGAAAUAAGCGGAGAAGAUAUAAAACCAGAUAAAAGAGAGUGGUUGGUGAAAGCAUUAACAGAAGAACCUGUACAAAGGCCAGUAUCUAUGCAGAGCUGUGGAAUUAACUCUCAAUCUAAGAAGAAACAUCAAAUAACUUAUCUAGCGCACCAAGCUAAAGCUAUGGAGUUAGAAUUGAAAAAUCAAUGGUCUCAGAAUAAAAUGGCACGGAAACAAACAAAAUCGAAAUAUGGUUUCUAAAAACGAAGUUUUUGUAUAAUUUUUUUAUGUAUAUGUGCACAUGUAUAAUUUCUUAUUUAUAACAUACAUUUUAGUAUAACAUUUUAGUAUAACUAUAAAUUGAUUAUCUAUGAGAAGAAAAGGAUGUAUUACAAAUAUUGAAAUAUACGAAUUAUAAACGAAA